GUAACGCCCAUUUGGGCCAUCCUUAACCAUGCCGUCUUUCGUGAUGCGGAGCGACGACCUCCUCAUCGCUCAAUGGAAAAUAUGAGAUGUGAAAAGUUUAGUAAGAGGAGAAGGAGGACGUGGAAGAACAGGAGGAAGACUUUGACACGACUUCGGUUCACUAAUCUGAGGAUAACUAUUCAACCCGAGAUGUUUUCUGCCCCCACCGACGAUUCACAGCAGAGAUGUUAACAACGCGACUCUUUUCCUGACAUGAACUCCGAGAAACUGAACCAGCAAACUUAGUUUGACGCUCCAGAGUCUAACGUCUCGACUCUCUGGUCUCCAGCGGACUGCUAUCUUCUCCUUGUCCCAGUCUGUGAGCUGUGGUCCUGAUGGGAGACUGGAGCGCUCUGGGGAAACUGCUGGACAAAGUCCAGGCCUACUCCACGGCCGGAGGCAAGGUAUGGCUCUCCGUCCUCUUCAUCUUCCGUAUCCUGGUCAUCGGUACUGCGGUGGAGUCUGCGUGGGGCGACGAGCAGUCGGCCUUCAAGUGCAACACCGCCCAGCCGGGCUGUGAGAACGUCUGCUACGACAGCUCCUUCCCCAUCAGCCACGCACGCUUCUGGGUCCUGCAGAUCAUCUUCGUCUCCACGCCAACGCUGCUCUACCUCUGCCACAUCUUCUACCUCAUCCACAAGGAGGAAAAGCUGAAGGUGAAGGGGGAGCGGCUGAGAGAACUUCAGACCAAAGGACAGGAUGUGGAGCGAUCGCUGAGGAAACUGGAGCUGAGGAAGAUGAAGUACGGCAUCGAGAAGAACGGAAAGGUGAAGAUGAAAGGAGCUCUGCUCAGGACCUACAUCUUCAGCAUCCUGCUCAAGUCCUUCUUUGAGGUGGGCUUCCUGCUGCUGCAGUGGCACAUCUACGGCUUCAGCCUGGCGUCGCGCUACGAGUGCGAGGCGUACCCCUGCCCCCACCGCACCGACUGCUUCCUGUCGCGGCCCACCGAGAAGACCAUCUUCAUCGUCUUCAUGCUGGUGGUCUCCCUGGUGUCCCUGCUGCUCAACCUCAUCGAGCUCUUCUACGUCACCUACAAGUGGGUCAAGGACACCAUGAGGGCGUCCGAGGGCCAGCAGCUCCACCCCCGCCUCCGCCUGCUGCCGGGGGCCGGAGGAGGAGUGGGAGGAGGAGGAGUGGGAGGAGAAGGAGGAGGAGCGCCGUACCACUACUGCAACGGCUGCCCCCCCCCCUCCGCCCCUGUCUACAACCUGGACGCCACGGCGACGGUGGCAAGGGGCGACUCGGUGAACAACUACAACAAGACGGCGAGCGAACAGAACUGGACCAACUUCAGCACGGAGCAGAACCAGCUGGGCCGCUCUCCGCCCCGUCGCCACGGCAGCCAGCGCAGUACCGGCAAGAACAACAACAACAACAAUAACCACAACAACAAGGCCGGCGCCGACGCCAGUGACUGCAAUCGCGACAGCCCUGCCUUCCUGGGCCCCGCCUUCGUAGGCCCCGCCCACGGCCAGCCACCGCCUUCGGACAAGGUGGAGACCAAGGAGCUUCACCUCCUCCGGGGGCUGGAGCCGCGGCCCGGCAGCCGCGCCUCCAGCCGCGCCCGCACCGACGACCUGGACAUCUGAGGGGGGGGGAGCUGGAGAACCCAGGAGGAAGCUGGAGACGCUUUAAGGGACUCUCCAACACGCUUAGCUUGAGACUCUUUUAAGGGAGCUGGAGAGGUUCUUAAGGGAGCUGGAGAGGUUCUUAAGGGAGCUGGAGAGGUUCUUAAGGGAGCUGGAGAGGUUCUUAAGGGAGCUGGAGACGUUCUUAAGGGAGCUGGAGACGUUCUUAAGGAGGCUGGAGACGCUUUGAGGGAGCUUGAGAGGUUCUUAAGGGAGCUCGAGAGGUUCUUAAGGGGAGUGUUCGCUGCGCUGCCAUGCAUCGUCAAAACGAAAGCGCUAGCUUGUUCUGGCGAGUCGAGACUUAUGUUCUUGUCGGAGAGUGAAGAAGCGUUUUUUCUUUCCUGUGGAACAAUCCGGGUCAUUGUUGUCAUGGCUACGUGGACUGAGAUGUCCGACACUACGAGGGGAAGCACCACCCAUUGACUCCAACAAUGGGAGGAGCUGGUUUCCUGGAUCCAUUGUUUCUGCUGGGAAGCGGCCGUGGCGAUCUGCUGGAGGUAUUUGAACUGUGUGUCCACUGCUCUUCAGCGAUGCCUUAAGAACUCAAGUCUUAUUUUUGAUGUUGUACUUUCUGAGCUGUACGUUAAUGGGCUUUAGAGAGAGCAGAAAAGAGCAGAGAGAACAAGACUUUGAAACUAAACUACCAAAACCAACGAUCUUCUUCUUCUUCUUCCAUUAUUUCUCCAACGCGGAGAAGUUCUGCAUCUGAUUCCCUGAACGAUGGAAUCCACUCAGAAAUUAGCAAGAAUCAAAAUCUAAACUGUCUCAGACAGUCAAACUCAAACAGAUAUUCAAAAAAGUGUGUUUCCUGCUCUAAAAGCUGAUUUAAGUCAUAUCUCUUAAAAGCUCCCUACAGCAACCUUUGUGCCUUAAGUGAUGAAUGGUUUUCAAAACCACUCACCACAAAUGUAGUACAUGUCUUUCUCAGUGUGAGUCUUUUGGAUAUCAGUAUUUUCUGUAAUGUAGUUUUAGAGAUUUUUUUAGUAUUUUUAAGGAGUCAUUUUCCGCUAUUUUUACAAAGUGUUACCAGUAAGUAUGAUCAUCGUUCCAGAGAUAUUUAAUGUUCUUUGUUAGUUGGUUGUUUGAUUAAGAGAUUGAUUCAUAGAGCGAAUGACUGUUAGAACAGAUUACGUAUUUAUUAUUUUAUUUGUCUGUAUUUUUAUUUUGCUGAAGAAUAUAUUUUAUAUCCUGACAAACUUUGAAUAAUAAUUGUAAAUCAAACUUGAAAAAUGAACAAAGCAAAAAAAAAAACGUUUUAUGUUUGUUCAUUCUCUCAACGUGAUGCCACCUUUGGUGAUCAUUAAAUCAGAAUUUAGAAAUUAUAGAAAAGGACGAGCGGCGUUUCAGGAUCUUCUGCACAAAAGUGGGCGACUUUAUAAUCUUUGUCUCCAGAAUGACAUUAAUUAUCCUGUGUCUCAUUGCAGGAUUACAUUCUUGUUUCAUCACAGCUCAAAAUACGUUGUCAGCAAGGUUACCUUCCCGUUUCUAGAGAUCUUCAAGCCAUUAGCCAAUUAGCCGUGUUUUACUCGAGCUCAUGGGCUCAGGAUGUGUCCCCAACACCCAACCCAUUAUUUCUAAAUCAAUGAUUUUGUUUAAGAUAUGUAUUUAGUAGAAGCAGACUCUAAACCCCUUUUUAAAGGUUGGGUAUGGGAUUUGCGAAACGCCAGCAGAUUUUGAAAAAACACAACUCAAAUGGUCCUACCCCCUCUCCUUCAACGCUGACUGACUCCACCCAUUCCAAAUACAUGGACGCGCAAUCAUGCACGAGCGCGAACACAGAUGCGCGAGAGCGAGCCAUUAGCUAGUUAGCUAGCUCCAGUAGCUACCGCAGGAUAACAACAAACAGAAGCUUGCUCUGGGUCACGAGCUUUGAGUAUGUGCACGAAGGGGUCACGCGCGGGGGGAGUGCAGUACGUACUUACCGUCCAAUGCCACUCGGUGGGUCUGGAAAUCAUUGGCUGAGUUUUUUGAGCUCACAGAUGAUUGACUUUAAUUUUCAUGUCAGUACUUCUAACUCAGUGGCUGUAAGUGGGUUAUGAUAAGGAUUUCAAGUAAUUUAAUAACAAUCUAUAGCCAAAUUGUCGAAAAUGCCAGAGAAUCUCCGGAAAUAUCAGCAUGGGAAAUCGGCGCAUCAGACCCAUAAACCUAUACAGAAAGACGUCAUCUCAAGCGGGAGAGAACGUUUGCGGUGCUGGUUUGUGUCACGUAAGUACAGGGCUCUCAAGUCUCAUGCAUUCGGCGUGAGACACACGCAAUUCAACCCAUGCACACACUCGAACCUGGUCUCACGAUAAUACGUGAAACUGUCACGUUAUUUAAUCUAUUGAAACGUGAUCAGGGACACGUAUUUUCUAAAUUUUGUUUUUCAAUUGGAAGUAUUUGUCGUGUCACUAUAAGCACGACUUCCAAACUAAAGUUCUGCCCGGGAGCAUUCUCCCUAAUGUCCCUUAAGGAGCUCCGUACAGAUCAUUCAUUGUUGAAAAUUGUCUGUGAUAACUAACAAAUGACAGCUUUUGGCCACCCGUUUCUACUUAAAAUUGUCUGUGAUAACUAACAAUAUGACAGCUUUUGGCCACCCGUUUCUACUUUCACCUUUGAUUCUGAGAAAUUGUGACAAUUCACGGAUAUAUUAAAUGCAGGUGCGCUGCUCUGUAGGCAAACCGCGAAGGAAAAAAGGUUAGCUGCUUCAUCUGUUCUUUUUAGAAUUGUAUGUCUUGAUGUUUAUUUUAUCUAGCCAUCUAUUCUCUUGUUUUUGGCUAUGUGAAUGAAAGUCCGCGUCGAUGCCUCGCAAGUCCAGUGUCGCGAGCGGACGUUGCCAUGACAUCUAGAAAUCAUACCGUAUUUAAUGGGUUAUCAUUAAUAUUGAUGUGUAGGGGUUGAUUAUAACUCGUGAAUAAUAUUGUUUAUACCACGGUCUGGGGGAAUACUCGUAUUCUGAUUGGCUGCAGGGCGUGCAUUAACUCCUGAUAUAGGCCUACAGACACCUGCUAAGUAGUUCCAGUCAGUGUUUAGAUUCUCUGCCCGAGCCCGACGCGGGCCGGGUCGGGCCGAUAUUUCCCACCACUAUCCUCGGGCCGGGCCUUUGAUCGAGCUUUUUAUUUUUAUUUUAUCAUUGGUUUAUUGGCCUAAUCGGAGGAGAAAUCUAUGCCAUAAACAAAUUAUAGGCCUUUAUUACAAGGGUCCUCUCAAUGCCGUGGAACGCUCCGUUCACUUGCAUGGGUAGUAGUCCCGUGACUUGUCAACCCCAGCGUCUUCCGUUGCUAAGCGACGUCACCGUCUUUGCGGACAAAUUAUUUCUCUGCUGAUCAACACUACGAAUGGCCAAAAGACUUGUAUGCCCCCCCUUAAAUAAAUAAUAUGGCAGAAUUAUUAUUAUUAUUAUUCUCAUUCAACUUGAACAUGUGUUUUUACACUAGAGUGGUGGAGGGAUGACGUAUGUUGGCCAACCCGGAAGUGAGCGUCGCCCUGGGUUCCCUUGACAAAAAGCCAAUGGGUUUUUCCAUUGGAUUUUGGAUUAUUGCAGAAACAUUUGCAUCUUUGAAGCACCUCCUCAAAAACUGAAAAUAAAUAAAUAAAUAAAAAUAACCGUGCUCUAAAGAACGAAAUGUAAACCAAUGCAUUCUGAAUGGGAGCGUUUCUCAGAUUUUUCCAUGCUACACAGAACGAAAUGUAAACCCAUGCAAAUAAAGACUUCAUGGUCAUAAUAAUUUAAAUAUCAUUAAUCUCCUGAGUGUGUAGGGUGGUAUUCUAUUUUUUUCAACGGGCUGCAUCCAGUCACUUGGCCGUCAUGGUUGCUAUGGUGGUUGCUAUCGACCGCCCCCCUCUAAUCCUUACAUGGCUCUAAAAACCACGCGGCAAAGGAGCUGCCGUCAAUUGUCUUGUUUUUGUCCGAUGGUUAAAAAAUAGACAGAUAUUCCAAGGUAUCCUUAAAAGGCAGCUUGGAUGUUUUUAUUUUCUGCAGUUUAGACUUCGUCUAUAACCUAUUUUUGAAAGCAAAACUCAUUGAUUUAACGAGGCAGGGUUAUUUGAAACAAUUUAUUGAAUAAAUAUUUGUGAGAGGUCAUUCCUUCUCCUGAGUUUGCUUCCUAUUUAUGUCUAGUGGUACACCCCUACCGUCCACAAGCAUACCCCUCCCCAUAUGGAUUUGGAGAAUUGUUGCCACGUCCCAGUGGUGGAGGUAUCAUAAAGAGGGCAUUCAAUUAUACUACAAUGAUCAAUUAGGAGGCCGAAGCCCUAAAGGAAGUGAUGCAAUAGGUGACUGAGGGUCAAC